CUAGUCAGAAAAACUGUUCAAAUGGCUCUUCAAAAUCUUCCAUCUACGCUCCUCCGGACCAAUGCCCAGAUCCAGAAGCUGCUGGGAUGCCGAACGAUUUACCGGAUGAUAUUGCCCCGGAUCGGAAAACGCGAAGUGGUCGGUUGUGGCUGGAGCAACCUGCCGAUCUAUGCGGAUCGGCUUGACUUUCCCUUGCCGGCCAUCCGUUUCCGGGAACCGAGUCCGGAAGUGAUGGCUCUUCGCGAAAAGGAAAAGGGCGACUGGAACAAAAUGUCGAUAGAGGACAAGAAAGCACUCUACCGGGCAUCCUUUUGCCAGACGUUCUCGGAAAUGAAACAUCCUACCGGGGAGUGGAAGCUGUGCGCCGGAGUCGUUUUGUUGUGUACUGCUGGCUCCCUGCUUCUGGGUCUCUUCAUGAGGGGCUUCGUUUACGAUCAAAUUCCGGAUACCUUCAGCGAGGAAAGGAGAAAGGCGCAACUGAAGCGCAUUCUUACGCUGGAAAUUGACGGCAUAACCGGUCUUUCGUCAAAGUGGGACUACGAGAACAAAAAAUGGAAAUGA